UGGCCGCUGCUGCGCUCGCUCUUCGUGGCGUGCGACGUGAAGGGCUCCGGGCGGAUCGAGCGGGAGGACUUCGGGGCGCUGUGCGCGGAGCUGCGGGUGCCUCCCGAGGAGGCGGAGGCCAUCUUCCGGCGCCUCGACACCGACCGCGACGGCGCCAUCUCCUUCGCCGAGUUCGCCCGAGGCUUCCGAGGAGCCUCCACGCAGCCCAGCAGGAGCCAGCUCCGGCGCCCCUCACCCUCGCAGGAGCCCUCGGGGGACGAGGACAUGGAGGACAUGGAGGACAUGGAGGAGGGCGCCAUGGGAGACCCGGGCCAGGCUUGGAGGGACUUCGAGGCCAGGCUCGGCGGGGAGGCCAGCUACAUCCCCAGACAAGAACAGGUCAGCGUUCUGUAUCAGAACAUCAAUAUAGUGGAACCAAGAUUAAUUCAACCGUAUGAGCAUGUUAUUAAGAACUUUAUUCGAGAGAUCAAGCUUCAGAGCACAGAAAUGGAAAACCUAGCCAUAGCUGUGAAAAGAGCACAAGACAAAGCAGCAAUGCAGCUUGGUGAACUAGAAGAAGAGAUGGACCAGCGAAUACAAGCCGCAGAACAUAAAAUCAAGAAGGAGGAAAAGCGGAAAGCUGAGGAGGCCUUGAAUGAUCUGAAGCGUCAGUAUGAAACAGAAGUUGGAGAUCUCCAGGUGACGAUAAAGAAACUAAAAAUGCUUGAAGAACAAUCUAGAAAUAUUAAUCACAAAGAAGAUUUGGCAGCCUUAAAGACCAGGAUACAUGACUUGACGUUGGAAAACCAGAGACUUAAAAAAAAUCUUAUGGAAGCACAGACAAAUAUAGCAUUCCUUCAGAGUGAAUUAGAUACUUUGAAAAGUGAUAUUGCAGAUCAUAGUUUGAGUUCAGAAAGAGACCUGGACAUGAUCAGAGGGUACACAGAAGACAGAGAUAGUCUGGAAAGGCAGAUAGUGAUACUACAAUCAGCUAAUAGGAAACUUCAUGACAGCAAUGAUGGCUUAAGAAGUGCAUUAGAAAAUAGCUGGAGCAUAUACAACAAAUCACUGCGUCUAACAAAUAGUUCUCCAGGCAACACACUUUCCAGAAGCAGUCCCAAACACAGUGGUGGGCAGUCUCCACAAAAUCCACAUUAUGACAGGGAAUCAGAUGCCACAGACUGCAGCUCCAGAUACCCAAGCUCAGAAAAGGCUUACAAGAUUGUUCUUGCUGGGGAUGCCGCAGUUGGAAAAUCAAGCUUCCUGAUGAGGCUUUGCAAAAAUGAAUUUCGGGGGAACACCAGUGCAACUCUAGGAGUUGACUUUCAGAUGAAAAGGCUCAUUGUUGAUGGGGAACCAACAGUGUUACAACUGUGGGACACUGCAGGACAAGAGAGGUUCCGUAGUAUUGCCAAAUCCUAUUUCCGAAGAGCAGAUGGAGUGCUUCUGCUGUAUGAUGUUACCUGCGAGAAGAGUUUCCUUAAUGUACGAGAAUGGGUGGAUAUGAUUGCAGAUGCAACACACGAAAACAUCCCAAUCAUGAUGGUGGGAAACAAAGCUGAUCUCCGCCAGGUGGUUUCUGAGCAAGGACAGAAAUGUGUACCAAUAAACUAUGGAGAAAAACUGGCCAUGGCUUACAGUGCUUUAUUCUGUGAAACAAGUGCUAAAGAUGGCUCUAAUAUCGUGGAGGCAGUACUUCAUCUUGCUCGAGAAGUACGAAAAAGAAGUGACAGCAAGGAGGAAGACAAGUCAGUUACUAACCUGUCAGGGACAACUCUAAAAAAGUCUACGUUCACCAAAAACUGCUGCAGUGUUUAGAAAAUCAAGACUUUCUUGGUCCUAAAGAAAAGAGAUCUGUCUCUCUUUUUUU